CUCAGCGUCUUGGUGUCGUCACUUCCUGCCGGUACCGGUGUGGACGGUGUGGGUUGUGGCCGCGGGUUUUGCGGUUCUCCCCCUCCCCUACUCUCCUCCCUCCCUCCCUUUCCCUCCCUCGACGGCGGUCGGUCGUCCGUCGCAGACUCCCUGACCCGUCCCUAACCCCUUUCUGACCUCGGGGCCACCGGAUUGGCCUUUUCCCGUUUCCCGGCCCAACCCCAGAAUCAGGGCUGGGGCCUUGAGGCGGAGGCGGUGCCACGGAGGAGAGAAAAGACCAGAAGACCCUCGGCUCCCCCGCCGGAUCGCACGGCUCGCAGCCGCCAUGGCAAUGAGGCAGACGCCGCUCACCUGCUCGGGCCACACGCGGCCCGUGGUGGAUCUGGCCUUCAGUGGCAUCACGCCUUACGGCUAUUUCCUGAUCAGCGCUUGCAAAGAUGGUAAACCUAUGCUACGCCAGGGAGAUACAGGAGACUGGAUUGGAACAUUUUUGGGUCAUAAGGGUGCUGUUUGGGGUGCAACAUUAAAUAACGACGCCACCAAAGCAGCUACAGCAGCUGCAGAUUUCACAGCCAAAGUGUGGGAUGCUGUGUCAGGAGAUGAAUUGAUGACCCUGGCUCAUAAACACAUUGUCAAGAGUGUGGAUUUUACGCAGGAUAGUAAUUACUUGUUAACCGGGGGACAGGAUAAACUGUUACGCAUAUAUGACAUGAACAAACCUGAAGCAGAACCUAAGGAAAUCAGUGGUCAUACCUCUGGUAUUAAAAAGGCUCUAUGGUGCAGUGAGGAUAAACAGAUCCUUUCAGCUGAUGAUAAAACUGUUCGCCUUUGGGAUCAUGCUACUAUGACAGAAGUGAAAUCUCUAAAUUUUAGUAUGUCUGUUAGCAGUAUGGAAUAUAUUCCUGAGGGAGAGAUAUUGGUAAUAACUUAUGGACGAUCUAUUGCUUUUCACAGUGCAGUAAGUUUGGACCCAAUUAAGUCUUUUGAAGCUCCUGCAACCAUCAAUUCUGCAUCUCUUCAUCCUGAGAAAGAAUUUCUUGUUGCAGGGGGUGAAGAUUUUAAACUUUAUAAGUAUGAUUAUAAUAGUGGAGAAGAAUUAGAAUCCUACAAAGGACACUUUGGUCCCAUUCACUGUGUGAGGUUUAGUCCUGAUGGAGAACUCUAUGCUAGUGGUUCUGAAGAUGGAACGUUGAGACUAUGGCAGACUGUGGUAGGAAAAACGUACGGCCUUUGGAAAUGUGUGCUUCCUGAAGAAGAUAGUGGUGAGCUGGCAAAGCCGAAGAUCAGUUUUCCAGAGACAGGGGAAGAGGAGCUAGAAGAAAUUGCUUCAGAGAAUUCAGAUUCCAUCUAUAGUUCAACUCCUGAAGUUAAGGCCUGAGCAUCAGGCAGAUGUACACAACUUAUGGACUAAAACAAACAGAGAAAAGCAUCAGCCUCCAGAGUUACUCUCUGCGUAAGGCAAACAUGAGCAGUAAAUAAUGAGGAAUAUGAAUUAGCUCCAGUGCUGGAACUAACCAACUUGGUGAUACCUGUAAGUGAAAAUGAAAGAGUAUCAGCUGAAGGCAGAUGGAGUUAUGCUCUUGUAGUACGAUAGUCUGUUGUCUUUUUAAUGAAUAUGUGCAAACCAACAUCCAAUUUCUCUUAUUACAGGUAGAUUUUUUGUAGCUGUUUAUGUUAUUAUGAAGAGGGAAAAUAUAUUGGCCUAUUUUUCUGACUUUUCCCUUAAAGCAGAAAGCCAUUUUUUUUGCUUUAGUUAUAAAGAAGAGGGGGAAUACAUGAUAAAGUAACUGGUUUGAUUUCUCUCUCAUUGUACACUGCUUCUGAACAUCUAAUUGUUUUUAGUUGUCUAAAUAAAAUGCCUCUAAAACAGAA